CCAACGUGAGGGAGCUGCUGCAAUUGUGAGUACGGGAGCCUAACAAAGUGCACAGAGUGCGAAGCAUCCAAAUGAGGAGACCCAAUUGGGGGAGUAGAACGAAGACGGGGAUAAGCGACGAGGGGUCUAGUGGAGUACACGCUGGGGUUUUUAACGCUGACAGUCUGAUCGAGGCGAAGGCUUUUGGGUAUAAAACCUCUAUCGAAAGAGGCGACUGGAUUGGGAUGGAGGUCCGAGGGGGAGGGAGUGAGAAGGGUAAGAAUAGGGGAGGCGGUGAGGGGGGAGACGACCUAAGGAUCUUGGAGGCUGGUGUUGGGCUGGUGGUUGCAGUGGCGUUGCAGUUGCGGUGGAAAUUGUGGCGGUGGCAGGUGAACCUGGGUUUGUGGUUUUGAAAUCAAAAUUUGAGUAAAGC